AUGAAAAGGGACAGGAGUCGUCGGAGAUGGAGUUAUUUCGUCAAAGACGAGUAGAUCUGGGUGAGGUUUUGAUUUGCAUGUGGAGUUUUCUUGAUAUUUGUAAGACGAGGGUUUUCUGAUAUUUCCUCGGUUUUGAUUUGUGCGAGGGGGGAGGAAGCAGGGAAGAGGCCGAUCAACGUGAUGGAGGGGAAAUCUAUGGCCGCCU